AUGGCGAAUAUUGAAGAAGCAAGAAAUGAACACUUGCCAACUGAGAAUCAUCAGCCGUGGAUAAGUAUUUUUCACAAAUUUGACACAAAUUAUGACGGAUACAUUCCUACUAGUGAUUUGAAACGAUUUGUUCAUAGUUCUGCAGCCUCAUUUGGAUUAACAAAAGAACAAGCAAUCGAGCUAUUGGAAAAUGUUGACAAAAAUCGUGAUCACUUAGUUGACUUUGCUGAAUUUUGUACUUUGAUGAGCAGAGCUAAAAAGUUACGAAUGCGACAUGUCUUGUUUCGGGCAGCGCAAAUGGUAGUACCAAAAAGUGAACGAACAGCACCAUUUAAUUAUUUGCAACAAUAUAAUUGUUGUCCACCACCUCUUUUCAUGCUUGGCAUAUGUAUUUUACAAGUAGUAGUAUAUAUCUACGAAAAAGUCGAAUUUGAAAGUGGAACGAACAGUACAUUAACAGUACAAUCCGUCCUAAUGUUUGAUAUUUCAAAAACUGAACAAGUUUGGCGAUAUAUCACUUAUAUGCUUAUCCAUUUUGGGAUCAUGCAUUUAAUUUUCAACUUGUUGGGACAAAUUACUCUUGGUAUUCCGCUUGAAUUGGUUCAUAAAUCGUGGAGAAUUGCUACAGUUUACUUGUCAGGUGUUGUAGCUGGUGCUCUGCUUCAUCAUAUAUUCGACCCAAAAAUUAACUUAAUUGGAGCAUCUGGAGGUGUGUAUGCCUUACUAGCAGCACACAUAGCUGAACUGCUUGUCAACUGGUCUGAAAUGGAAUGUGCACUUUGUAGAGCUUUUGGCUUAGCAGUGCUGAUCUCAAUUGACAUAUCGCUUGUUAUUUUCAGUCAUUAUUACUUUCAAGAAGAAGGAAUAUACAAGGUUUCUCAUGCUACUCAUAUUGGUGGUUUCAUAGCUGGAAUUUUAAUGGGUACUACUGUUUUACGAAAUUUUCGCACAAAAAAAUGGGAACGCGUGAUUUGGUGGUUAGCUCUGGCAACAGCUAUCUUAUUAUUUAUUGUCUCAGUUACAUUUCAAAUCAUGUCACAUGUUUGA